UCCUACGUCAUAGCUCAAUGUGGACGUCGUCCUGGGACCAGAAUCGUUGGGGGCUCGACAGCGACGCCCAAUUCAUGGCCCUGGCAGCUGUCGUUAAGACUGAUGGGAGGUCAUACUUGUGGUGCGUCCCUGAUUAGUCCUCGAUGGGCCAUCACAGCGGCUCAUUGCGUCAGAAAUUAUAUUGAUCCACACUUGUACAGCCUCGUAGCAGGUGAGGAUAGGCGUUCAAGAAGAUGGGCUCAAAGGAGAUUUGGAUAUUUUACGAAAAAUGAAAAAAAAAAUUGAAAAAGCUUCGUUUUUCAAUCAUGUGCAAACUAUUCUCGUUCAUUUCGGUCUGCCUCCUACCUUUCUGAUAUUUCCUACCCUUACAGACGACUUUAUCAGGCACUGGGAAUGACAAUAGAUAUUGUGAAGUAUGUAUUAUCUAGCCGUAGUGAAAACAAUCACCUCCCACUGCUAUGGCCUGGGUUCGAUUCCCGGACCUGCGUCACAUGUGGGCUGAGUUUGUUAUUGGUUCUCUCCUCGCUCCGAGGGUUUUUUUCCGAGGUUUUUGGUUAUCCUCACACCACAAAAGCUAACAAAUUCGAUUCCAAUUCGUCUUGGAAACAGUGGACAAGAAGAAUCACCUCGUAAAGAGUUCAUUGCUUAACUCCCAUUAUUGUUAUAAUCAUUUUCAUUAUAUUUCUCAAAGUACUCACCUCGAUCAAGGAUUCGAUAAUAAUUACUAUACAUAUCUCCUCUCUGAGUUAUGCUUAUUUCUUAUCUUGAUAAGUGAGCACAAACCAUAUCAACUGUUCUUUAAAAAAAAUUCUAUUAGGAGCACACCGAAUACGCGGAGACGGAGUCACCUACCGCAUAAACAAGAUCAUUGCGCAUGGCGGAUUUUCAAUGAGUCACCUUAGGAAUGAUAUGGCGCUGUUGAGGCUCGCUGUACCCGUGAAACUCAGCAAUAAAGUAGGGACUGUGUGUUUCCCUAAGAGUCAAUCUCGUAUCUCCCCGGGAAGUCGAUGUUGGAUUUCAGGUUUGCGCUCAUAAUUCUAAUCAAUUUAUGUAGUUUCUUGCCUUCGUGGAGAAGACUUUCAAAAGACAAAAAAACAACCAGAAAUAAAUAAGAUGAGUUUAUAGCUAAAUAAACAGAAUAAAGUCAAAAAACGUCUCUUUAUGUUUCAUCAUUUCUUUGACCGUUUCCAACAUGACAAUGAUAGAGAAGGAAAUUAACAAAAACAAAGAAAUAAACGAUCCAAGCGAAGUCAGCAUUAAUAUUGGGAGUCUGUCUCUCCACUUGUAAUCUCCGUAGAAUCAACUCUUCCAUCUCUUCCUGGCAAAUUUUCACUCUUCAAGUAUCUGUAUAUUUUUCCUUUCAGUUUAACUAGAUAUUUGCUGUAGAUCUGAAAAUCAUGGACUUAGUUUCUAGUUCUCCUCUGCUUCUUGUUGCGUUUGUUUGUUUGUUUUUCAGUUAUUUUUUCCCUUAACCCUUUAUCUUCUAUGAGUGACCAAGAGAGAAUUUCUCCUUACAAUAUCAGCAUAAUGUUAAGUAUAGAAGUGAGGAGAAUAAAGAAAAAUAUCACUUAGGGGAUUACUAGUUGAUCCAAUACUAAAUUCUCCAAAUUGACAUCAUAACAAUUGUAUGGCAGACAGUAAGGAGAAUUACUAAUGAGAUCUUGGGAGUUAAAAGGUUAAUAAUUCGUUCCAAACUCCAAGCGAAUGCCCUAAGUUUGGGCGAAUACCCUGACCCUGGUUCAGCGUGAAACAGGCAUAUGGUUUGAACCGGACAAGAAGCGUGUGGCUUUGGGAGGACGCUAAAUCAUCCUCUUCUUUAUUUGUUCUAUUUAUCUAGGGUGGGGUGCCGUCAAGAUUACCUUCUGGGGAAAUCACAAAUCGCCCACACACCUUCAACAAGCCAGCGUUCCAAUUGUGGACUUCAAUACAUGCUCAAGGAAGGCUGGGAGUAGAGUUCAUGAUGCUACCAUGGUUUGCAUCGGAGGAGGUGGAAAAGUGGCAUGUCAUGGGGACAGGUAAUAAAUAAUUGAUAAUAAGGUAUUUGACAGAGCCCUAUCUCCCCGCUUUCUCCCCCAUUUCAAAAAAAAAAAAUGAGAAAAUGAGGCUAUUUAGUUAAGAUAAGAGAAAAUCGAAUGCCCUCUUUACAGAAGCAUUCGACUGUGAGCAGGCUUCCGCCUUUUUGUUUCGUGGAAGUCACCACUCAAAGGAAAAUGUAACGACUACCACACGCCAGCUGAUUGUACCAUGGGAUAACCUGCGACCAGAUUUUACUCUUAAACUGCCCCCAAAAAUAAAUCUGUUAAAACAAAUAAAAAUGCGCCAAAUCUUGGUUUAUACUCAACAACUUUUGAGCGACCCGUCCGUGACUCAGUGUAAGGAUGCAGCAUCUUCUAAAUGAUAUUGUGUUUCACACUUUGUAUAAUGCUACUGUCUCAUGUUUAAGUGGAGGUCCUCUCGCUUGCGAGGAAAAUGGACGGUGGGUUCUUCGUGGUGUAGCAUCUUGGACGGGCGAUAAAUGCAAAACUGAUAACUAUUCCAUGUACGCCCGUGUUAGCUACUACAUAAACUGGAUAAACCAACAGAUUGCGAGUAAGUUU